AGCAGACGGUAGAAGCACUGCUCUGAACGUGUUCUGCCUGAAUUUCCAAAGGUUUACUGUGAGCAGUAUGCCCAAACUUACCACAUCAUUGGCCUGAAGCCAGAAGGAAGUUUUUUUUUGUGUUCUUACUGUCUUUUAAGCAACCAGCUGGAAGCAGUGUAUAUCAGUAUCAGCGCUGCUGUGGACUGCUGCUCUUUAAUGUGUAUCACCAGGAAGGUGUGCAGUUUACUGCAGACUGCUUGGCUAGCCUGUGCAUUAGUUCCAUUUGCUGAGUGAAGCCAGCAUGUUGUUUGAGUCUUGCUGUUAAAAUCAGCUCCGUUUUUCUCUGUUGUGACUGUUGAUGAUACAAGACAAAGAAAGAAGAAACCUGCGGAUCUAUGUUUUAAAAUCAUGAAUCAAUGUUCAGAGGUGACCUGUCAACGAGCUGCUGAUCGCAAAGGGUCAAAGAUGUCCUCUGCUUUUCAAAAACUUGAGAACUUGGCCAUAAGGCUUUUUAACAGGAAUACACGGGGGUCUUCACAGGACUUUGAAACGACAGGUUCAGAAAGUGACACCAGACAGGAAUCGGAACAUUGUUUAGCCUGGAACUUGCACAUGAAAGAUUACUUAGAAAAAGCAAGAGAGGAAUUCUUACAGAAAUGGGAGUCCCCGGCACAGAACACUGCAAGUUUGGAUGACUUUGAAAGAACAAAAACACUUGGUACAGGGUCCUUUGGCAGAGUGAUGCUGGUGAAACACAAAGCUACAAAGCAGUAUUAUGCAAUGAAGAUACUGGAGAAACAUAAGGUGGUAAAACUGAAACAGAUCGAGCACACGCUCAAUGAGAAAAGGAUUCUACAGGCUGUCAAGUUCCCUUUUCUGGUGCAACUGGUAUUUUCAUUCAAGGAUAACACUAAUUUGUAUAUGGUGAUGGAAUAUAUUCAGGGCGGUGAGAUGUUUUCACAUUUAAGGAGAAGCGGGAGGUUCAGUGAACCUCACUCACGAUUUUAUGCAGCACAGAUUGUACUCGCCUUCGAAUACCUUCACUCACUAGAUCUUCUGUACAGAGACCUGAAACCUGAAAAUAUACUGAUUGACAAUUCCGGCUAUAUCCAGGUGACGGAUUUUGGCUUUGCUAAGAGGGUAAAGGGCAGAACUUGGACACUGUGUGGAACUCCUGAAUAUCUAGCUCCUGAGAUCAUCCUUAGCAAGGGUUAUAACAAAGCUGUGGAUUGGUGGGCACUUGGGGUCCUAAUCUAUGAAAUGUCUGCUGGAUACCCCCCAUUUUUUGCAGACCAGCCCAUUCAGAUUUAUGAGAAAAUAGUCGCUGGGAAGGUGCGGUUUCCAUCACAUUUCAGUGUAGACUUAAAGGAUCUGCUCCGGAACCUGCUGCAGGUGGACCUGACCAAACGGUUUGGUAAUCUCCGAAAUGGUGUCAACGACAUAAAAAACCACAAGUGGUUCAGCAACACAGACUGGAUCGCCAUCUACAGAAGAACGGAGGAGCCUCCCUUUAAACCCAAGAUGAAAGGCCCAGGGGACACCAGCAACUUCGAUGACUACGACGAGGAGUCUCUCCGUAUAUCUUUCACAGAGAAAUAUUCUAAAGAGUUUGCUGAGUUCUAGUGUAUGAAACGAGAUGAAAUAAUGAAGUGACUGGGAAAUUAAUACUCAGCUGGGACGGAAACGGAAGCACUGUUUGGAUGGGAGCCCAACACUUGUAUUUACUGAAAGCGUUUUAUGUUAAGUUUGUUCAUUCCACCAGGUGGAGUACUAUCUUGCCAUGACUUGGAAGGGCCUAGCCCUCUUUCCCAUUUACAGACUCCUCCUGCAAACCCUGAGGUUCUCCAGAUAGUCACUACUACCAAUGACAACUAAACUGCUCUCUUUUUUUUUGCCAACCUUCGAUAACCAUUUAUAUCUGAAUCUGUCUGUAUGUUAUAUACUGUAAGUUCUGUGUUUUAAAAGAUAUUUUACCUAUACAUUAUUAAAGCCCUUUAAUUUUUUUUUUCUAAAAUGUAUCUUGAGUAAAGGGAAUGCUUUUCCAUUUCUGACCUGUCAUAUCUGAACUGGGAACUUGGAACUUCCUACAAACUUGAUCAACGUAUCUGGACUUUGGAGCUGAUAAAACAUGGAAGUAUUGGUCUCUGAUAUUGAUUUUUCCCACACAUUUACUCAAGAAUAGCAAAGUAAAGGAGUCUGCAUUUAAUACUGUUGGAUUCUGGAUUCAAAAUUGGUCAGAAAAUGCGGUAAUAUAGUACUUUCACACUGUGCAAACUUAAUGUAGAAUUUAGCAGUGUGGUUAAAGUACCUCUUUGGAUGAGUACAGAUUCUCUGCGUAGUAGAUAAUUUCAUGGUGAUGUUUCAUAGAGUGGCAUUGUCUUCUGAAUGCUUGUUAAUUUUCAUUUAACCAACAUCGCUGAACAGAUUAUCUGAUCAUCAUCACCUUGCUGAUUAUGAGCCCUUGGGUGUAAGGAAUGGACAGCCAAUUUUAAACACUUCAUCAGUAACCACACUUAUAAAAGAACUGCAUUAUCUGUAAGGCAUUUGAAACUUCUUGGAAUGCUAUAUAAAUACAAAUUAUUUCUUUAUAAGGGAAUACAACUCUUAUUAAGGUGCGUGCAUCAACAAAGAACAUAAUGCCCAGAGCAAUAAUUUGGCCCAAUCCAUGCCUUUCCAUUCUGAUUAUUUUCAUCUUCCUCCAACAUCUAUGGGCCCAAGCAUUAGAUGUGCUUCAGAAGGAAAUUGGCACCAUUUCCUCCCCACAUAAAUCUCACUUUCAAAGCUGUGCUGUUUUCCCUGCUGAAGAAGCAAAGGUGUAAAUGAGAAAUAGGAAGAUCUGAAAGUGCAAUUUCUCAGGAACAUCCAGAAAUAAUAAAUCUCUGCACUGAGAACUCAGUAUUGAAAUUCAAAUUGUGAGUCUCCAUGAUGGUCGUAAGCAAGGGAAAAGGAGCCAGCUGAUCCUUUAAAUUGUCAAACAUCCUGAUGGCUCUCUGCAACGUGC